AUGUUGAUUGUACGUGUACAACUUUUAUUUAUUUACUUGUUUAUUUUUGUAGUCCUGGGAAUAAGUGGCGCAACUAGGCAUCUCUUGGAACAGAAUUCUCAAGCUUUUAGUCAAAUCACAGGCAACCUUUCUAGAUUUAAGUUACAGGAUAACGUAGAACUUUUCUGUCACACGAGGAACAAUAUUAUUGCCAUCCUAAAUGACAUGAGAGACAUGCCUGGCAUAAUGAGCCAGAUGCCACCUUUGCCUGUAUCCAUUAAUGGCGAUCUUGCUAAUAGUAUAUUGCCUCAUACAACUCAGUCAAUGAUUCUUGGCUCGCCAAUGGGGAUCCAACUGAAGCAGGAACCAAGAUGCUGAUGGAUAAUUGUUGAGGUUGAUAUAACUGGUCUGUAAGUACAAAAAAAUUUCUACUGUAAAUGUGUAAGAAGCUGGUAGGAGGCUGUUCUUCCCUUGUUGUACACAUAUUUAGUUACAUAUUUGGUGCCAUAAUGGAAAAGAUCCCCAUUUUUGGAAACCUGAAAUGUUUAGCAAUCCAGAUGUGAGAUCGAAGCACCAUAUAGUAAUAACACCAACUUUCUAUCAUCUGCUGGCUGCAGCUACAAAAUCUCUAACCAGAUUAAGCUGAAUUUUGAGUUAAAAGCUCCAUGUGUACAAAAUCAAUUCAGUGGUCCUGAUCUGCCACUACUACAUGUAUGCUAUUGUGUCAGUUUUCCAAACCCCUUUAACAUACCAUAUUAGACCAAUACGAAUGUUUGAUUAUUUUCUUUUAUGUUAUUAUCAUGAUUGGUGGGGCUAUUAAAUGA